CCGGUGUUUCACGCAUGCGUGCUACACGUGUCUAAAUGUAAACUGUAGGCUAUAAAUGACGUGCUAUUUUGUUUAGAACCUAUAAUUAGAGAUAAUUCUUGAUAAAUCUAGUGAAUAGAUAUCUUGUUCAUUUAUGAUUAUUAAACAUUUAGUCUCAGUACAAUGGCAGCUCAAACUUUUCAGCAAGAAUAUAUGCAGAUGCCUCCAGUUACAAGAGCAUUUACAACUGCCUGUGUUCUUACAACUUUAGCCGUGCAACUGGAUUUAAUCAACCCAUUUCAAAUAUACUUCAAUCCAGAACUAAUAUUUAGACAUUAUCAGAUUUGGCGACUUGUGACAAGCUUUUUAUAUUUUGGACCAAUAGGAUUCAAUUUUUUGUUUAACAUGAUAUUUGCCUACAGAUACUGCAGGAUGUUGGAAGAGGGAUCAUUUCGGGGCAGGACAGCCGACUUUUUCUUCAUGUUUUUAUUUGGAGGAUUUUUUAUGGUUAUAAUGGCAUUGUUUGUCAACCUUGUUUUCUUAGGUAGUGCUUUCACAAUUAUGCUUGUCUAUGUUUGGAGUCGAAGAAAUCCAUAUGUUAGACUCAACUUUUUUGGCCUUAUGAAUUUUCAAGCACCAUUUUUGCCAUGGGUUCUGUUAGGUUUUUCAUUAUUACUUGGAAACUCAGUUAUUAUUGACCUCAUGGGUAUAGCCAUUGGUCAUGUCUACUUCUUCCUUGAGGAUGUCUUCCCACAGCAACAAGGAGGCUUCAAAGUUUUAAAGACACCCACAUUUUUAAAACUCUUACUUGACCCAACCCCUAACAGAGAAGACUACAACCCACUGCCAGAUGAAACUGGAGGAUUUAACAGGGGCCUUGGCCAGCAGCCCAGACCAGGAGACGGCCAGUGACAGCAUUGCCCAGGGAGUGUAAUUUAUUAAUUAUUGCAAUAGUGUAUGAUAAUGUAUUGUUUCGUAUCCUAAUUGGUGAUGUGUCUGAUGCACAACAGAGUUAUGGUUCUUGACUUCAAAGUUUUGCAGGAAAUGUGCUAAUGAAUGUAAGAUUGAAUCUGCCAAGAAUGUAAUGCUAAAGAUCUGUAUUAAUAUGGUGUGUAAGUUUAUUUUUGUAGCGCAUUACAUCAAUUUUUUUUUAUAAAUGUAUUAUUAUCAUUAUUAGAAUUUCCAAAAUGAUGAUCUUGGUUGAAUAUGAACAUUCUAUAGUAAUGCACUUCAUAUAUCUAAUGUAUACAUUUAUAUACUGUUAGAACAACCAAGAGUGAUAUAAGAUUUAUAGAGUUCCAAGAUUAAAUUUGAUCAAGAAUGCAUUAUUAUACAACUUGGGUAAGAUGUUCAUAUAUGUAAACACUUUCAUUGUGUUGGGUUUUUUUACCAAACAACUAUGUCCUCUCAACUUAAAUCUAUUUAGAUAACAAAUGUCAACAAACAACCAUGUCCUCUAAACUUAAAUCUAUUUAGACAGCAAAUGUCAACAAACAACCAUGUCCUCUAAACUUAAAUCUAUAACAAUAAAUAUCAACAAAGAGCCCUGUCCUCUCUAUUUAGACACAAGUGUCAUAUACAAACAUUAAUUUACCUUAAAGAUGAGGUUAAGGAGAUUACUUUUGUAACCUACUUAGGAAUUUUGUGUUUUAAUUAUUUUAAAGCUUGGUGAAAGUUAAGCAAUUAUUUUUUUUUUUGGUAAUUACUCCCCUUUUGAAUUACAUAUAGAAUGAAUAAUUAGUUAUUCCUAAACUUAUUUCUAGUCCAGUUGCCAGUCAAUUCUUGUCCACUCUAAAUAUUAUUAUUUACAUCUUAAAUUCUUAAGUUUCUACUAAUUUUGGCCUAAUUAAAUAAAGUGUGUAGAUCUGUAUCUGAUUACCAUUGGUUACAAGAAUGGAUGUCCAAUUUUUUUGUCAAAGUGGAUAGAAUCCUUAAUUUAAAUAGAACAAUUUAUAUUAAAAGUCAAUCUUGAUGCACUCAUAAAAAAUUGUAUUAGGCAUUUUCUUCAGUUUCAAAGCUAAGGGCGAGCAAUGUAUUUCAUAUGAUCACACAAACCCAGUUGCAACCUGUACAUUUUGCCACAUGUGAGUUGACAAAGCUGUUGUCUGUGCCUGUCAUUGGCAAAGACUUUUCUUUGGGUUCAGACGUGUCUUACGACCUUCAUGAGAGCUCUCCAGCUGUCUUUUUGGUGUCCAAAAAAAAUUAUAGUAGUGAUUUAAACAACUUGAAAAUACUUAAAUAAAAUGUUUGAAAGGAUUUUGUUAUUGUGUUAGAGAAUGGAUACGUCCUACUGGAGGGUGCAGGAUAUAAAGAGAAAUAAUUUCUGACAAAAAGAUAAAUGACUGUUCAAAACAAGAGUCAAGCAUCUCUAACACUAAACAGAGCUUUCUGUCUAGUCUACUGGUUGACAGUAAUACUACACCUGGUCCACUGUUUUCUAGAGACACCACUACUUGCCCACUUUGUGACAGAAAAUUAAAAUGUUUUAGAAGAAAGUAAUAUAUAAAGUCCUUAUUAAACAAGUUGGAACAAAGAAUAAGUUAAAAUCUGUGCAAUAUUGUCAGAUAAUCUGUUAAUGUACACGUUUGGCUUUCAUUGGCUUAGCAUCAUAUUGGGGUAUACAGAGAUUGUUAGCACAUUGAUUUUCUUGAUUUUUUUUUUUUUUUCCAUUUCAAAAUUUUGCCUAAAGAAAUUUAUAUCAUGGAACUCUUGUUUAGCACACACUGAUACAAAACAUUUUAGUUAAAAAAAUUUUAAAGAAAAAAACUUAGGCUUUAAAACAAAAAUACAAUUUGAAGUAAUUGUUUUUAUAAAUGUCUGCUGGUAAAAUUUAAAACCUAGAACUAACUGCUGCUUCUAAAUGUUUUCUGCAUAUUUUUUGUCACACAUAAAAUAUGUAAAUAUAUAUGAGAUGGAAAUUAUUUAUAUAUAAACAUUUUAUUUAGUAUGAACAAUGUUGGAUGUAUAUUUUCGAGGCUUACAUUUUGAGUAGAAAAAUGAACUUCUAGACACCAUUUUGGUAAUUCUCAGAAUCUUUGUGUCUGCCAUUGUAUUUUGUUUAGACUUUGAAUGUGAUAAAUAGUCCUACUUUUAUAUUCUUGUUUGGAUUGUUAUUCAUUUUGUGUGUAAGACAUAGCUUUCCCCAAAUUGUUACAAGAUAUUGAAGAGCCAUAUAAUAAACUAUUUUUUUUUACAUGA